UUUUUUUUUUUUUCAUGUCUUCUGCAACUGUUUAUGUUGGUAACCUUGACCAAAGGGUAAAUGAAAAUACUCUUCUUGAGUAUUUUUCUCCUAUGGGUGCUGUUUCUUCUAUCAAAAUCAUUGCUAUGCAUAGAAAUGGUCCACUUCCCAGUGUUAACUACGGGUUUGUUGAAUUCAAUGAACCUGUCUCUGCAGACAGAGCUAUUCAAGAAUUAAAUGGUUACAAAAUUUUAGAUUAUGAAAUCAAAGUCAACUGGGCUCAACAAGGUCAACAAGUCCAAAAAGAAGAAACACCUAACCAAUACCAAGUGUUUGUUGGUGAUCUUGCUCCUGAAAUCACAGACGAUGUAUUGACUGAGGCCUUUGGUAGAUUUGGUAACUUGGUAAAUGCUCAUGUGAUGAGAGAUGCCAUGACUGGUAAUCCUAGAGGUUUUGGUUUUGUCACUUACCGCGAAAAGGCUGAAGCUGAUCAAGCCAUUGCCUCCAUGAAUGGUGAAUUGUUGGGUUCUCGUAAUAUUCGUGUCAAUUGGGCUACUCAAAAAACUCAACUUGACACUCCUCCUCCUCGUCCUGGUCAACAACUCCCCUAUGAGACUGUUGUUCAACAAACUCCUCCUUAUGUCACUUCUGUCUAUGUUGGUAACUUACCACCUAAUGUCUCUGACAUUGAUUUGGUGGCACCCUUCCAAAGAUUUGGUUUCAUUCAAGAAGUAAAACUGCAAGCUGAUAAGGGUUUUGCUUUUAUCAAAUAUGAUACACAUCAAAAUGCCGCUAACGCCAUUGUUCACUUGCAAGGCGCUAGUAUUAAUGGCCGUGAAGUCAAGUUAUCUUGGGGUAAAGACCGUGCGCCUUCCAACUAUGGUUAUAACAACAACAAUAACGGUCAACGUUACCAAAACAACAACUGGCGUCAGAACAGAAAUUAAUACUGUAUGAUUCUUUUUUUUUUCCACUCUUCUUUACUGUAUAUGUUUUUUAACUAUUGAGAUCAUAUCAAAUAAUUUUUUAUACAAUCUUUUUCACAA